GACUCCUGGACGUCACUGCCUGAAGCAGCAGCACCUCGGUCACCAGAGCGGAGCCUCAGCAGAGAUAGCAGCAGCAGGCAGGCUAACUCGCUUUCGGCUUUGAUUCGAGAUGGAGACUCGUAGGACCGUGACAGGUUCCCGCAACUUCAAGGGUGGACUGACCCUGUGGUUGAUUCUGUGGCUGCUGGUGAUGAAGCCGGGCCGGGUGGCUCCAUGCCCCAAGCUGUGCGUGUGCUACCCUACGCCCAUGACGGUCAGCUGCCAGUCCCAGAAUCUCACCAUAGUGCCGGCCGGCGUGCCCUAUGACUCGCAGCGCGUUUUCCUGCAGAACAACCGCAUCACAGAGCUUCGCGCAGACUCGUUCGGGUUUGAGACGCAGGUACUUUGGUUGUACGGCAACAACAUCACCUGGAUCGAGGCCGGGGCCUUUAGCAACCUGAGGGUUCUGGAAGAACUGGAUCUGGGCGAUAACCCCUCGCUGCGACACCUGGAAGGUGGAGCCUUCAGGGGUUUGGAGAAGCUGCAGAGCCUGCACAUGCAUCGCUGCAAGCUGGCCACUCUCCCCCAUGAUCUCUUCCACAAACUCUACAGUCUGCAGUUCCUCUACCUGCAGGAGAAUCAGCUCCACUUUCUGCAGGACGACCUGUUCUCCGAUUUGGUCAACCUCAACCACCUCUUCCUGCAUGGAAACCGCAUCCGUGCCCUUUCUGAGAACGUGUUCCGAGGCCUGGUCAACCUGGACCGCCUCCUUCUCCACGACAACCGCAUCAGGCAGGUUAACCGCCGGGCCUUCCGCGAUCUGGGCCGCCUGACCAUACUUUACCUCUUCAACAACUCGCUGGCCGAGCUGCCGGGCCAGGCCAUGAAAGACGCCCAGGGCAUCCAGUUCCUCCGCCUCAACGGCAACCCCUGGUCCUGCGGCUGCGAGGCCCUUCCCCUGUGGGAGUGGUUCCGUGACGCCCGCAUCUCCUCCUCUGAGCUCCUCUGCACCUCCCCGUCCCAGCGGCGUGGCCAGGACCUCAGGUUCCUCCGGGAGCUGGACUUUGCCCUCUGCCCUCUGCCUGACCCCGGCUCCAUGGCCGGAACCACCACCACCACCUUCAGCACCAAGACCCGCUGGUGGUUCUCCAAGCACAAGCCCGCGUCGUCAUCCAAGGCCUCCUUCCAGAAGAGCUCAGAGUCGGUGAAGUCCUUCCCUUUUGCCGCUGUCAAGCCUCAGUAUCUUCCCAAAACCCCCACUGAAGCCCUCUCUUCCAAGUACGAACUCUCCGAGCACGAGGCCGCGCUCCCCAAGGUGGACCAGGAGGAGUACUGGAGCAACUAUGGCAACGAAGACUCCUCCAUCCGCUGCUACGAGCUGGAGUGUCCUCCGAACUACGACAACCCGUCCUUCUCCUCCUCCUCCUCCUCACCCUUCACUCCAUCCCUGCUCUCCCUCCUCUCCCUCUCCAUAGUCACUCUCUCCUUACAUUUCCUGUUUGGCUGAACCCUUCUCACCUCCAGCCUUUUUCCUUCUCUCAUUUAUUCCCCUGCUCUUUCCAUCUUUAACAAAAACCUGGUUCUUGAUUCCUUUAAGUUACCUCCUCCAAGUGAGGAGGAUGCUACACUGACGCAGGAAGCAGGUGGGGCAGCAGGGAGAAGCUUUAAAAGAGCAAAGAUCAGUCGAGCUGAUUUAGAGCAGGACAGGAUUUCAGGGUCGAAAUAGCUGCUGCUUUAAAAAAAACCCACAGGGGUGACCUCGACAAACUCUGACAGCGACAGCACAAAGGCUGAGAGAAGAGGAGGAGUCAAGAGAGAAAGAUGCGAAUUCACACAGGUAAUGAGACGAGAGGAAAGUGGGAACGAGGGACGCGAUCGCAUGGAGCCAGCGCAGCAGGAGCUGAGCGAGGGUCCGGCGUUCGUCUAAGGGCAGAAAAGGGUGAGAGCCUCGGUAGAUGUUCAGUCGAGCACAAAUCUCUCUCCUUCAGAUUCCAAGUCUUGUGUGAUCCCAGAGAAGCCAACCGCCUACACUUGUACAUACCACACAUCACACAGUGCUCUGUAUUGUAGACUAGCUGGAUUUGUACUUUCCUUUUUGUACCAUUUAGUAAAUGAUAACACACACUUAGAUAAUAACUAAGAGACAAAUGAUUCAAAUGUGGAAAAGUCUUCGUCCCACGUGUUUUUCCGGCUUUUCCUUUUUCUGACGGGGCUAAAAUCUGAUUUCCAGGACUGAAGCUACUCAGUGAGAAUAAACUAAAUGAAAGCAGAGAAAUCGAAGCUCGCUACCAAAAAGGGAGGAAGCCUUGUUCUCCAGACUCAGUUCGUUUUGUGGUUUUUAUGUGUUUUCUUGUGCUUGUGUGAGUGAACUGAGACAGACAGACAAGGAGUCUGAGGAGUCUGUCCACACGCCUCCUUCCUCCUCCCGUCCAUCUCUCUCUGCAUCACUGUGUAUAUUUGUGUGUCCUUGUUUACUUCAUGUCCUUUAUGCACUAAUUAUUUAAGAUGACCAGGACCCAAAACUGUUUACCAACCAACUGUACAUUUACAAAAUGCACAGGAACGUGAAUGGGUUUCACUAUUUUCUUAAUAUUUUUUGAAGCUGUUUGGUAAAUGAAGGGUUUUUAUUCUGAUCUCAGUGAUAUGUCUGUUUUUUAUGGUUUCACAGACUGUAAUCACAUUGUUUACUAACUCUCCUGUAUUAAAGCUUUACUUUAGGCCACAUGCACCUUGUCAGUCUGAAUCAUAACUGUGAGUUUCUACACACAACCUGAAAGAUACUGUGAUGCUGUCAUAGUCUGUGUUUUCCAAUGAUGACGUGUGAAAAGCGUUUUGCUUUAAUAAAACAUAAAGAAACAAUCAA